UAAUGUCUGCAGAUAGUCCACAAGUUUUCAUUGUUGGUAAAAUAGCUGGGGCCACAAAUUUUAAUAAUUCUUCUAUUUAUGUCAAGUAUUUCUUCAGAGUAGGAGAUCAUUGGAAAAAGAUUUCAGGAUAAGAAGAAGGGGAAACAUUUUAAUCUUCAUCUUAACAUUCAAAAUUUGUACCACUUGAACAUCCUAUUGAUCUUAAUUAUGUGACUAAAGCUGUUAGAGGAUGGCCAAAAUUACUAGUGGAAGUCUGGGAAGUUGAUGAUCAUGGAAGAAAUUCACUUGGAGGUUAUGGUCUCAGUUCUCUUCCCAUAGAACCUGGAGAAUAUUAAUUUGAUAUUCGUAAUUAAUUUAUAUAUCUUUAGCAUGUUGGAGACCAGAAGCUAGUUUCUUUGAUAAACUUAUUGGAGCUUAUCCUGAAUUAGUUCAUAGAGAUCUAUUAUUUUCAGGAGAAAGUAGAUUUGGUUUUAAAGUUGAAUCAACUGGAAAUAUCCAUAUUGAAUUGGCUAUAAUAACAAAAGAUUUUCAUUUACAUGGAGUCUAAAUUUCUAAUAGAAAUUAUUUGAAUUAAUGA